AUGAAAGAGCUGGAAAAAUUGAUUCCGAAGAAAUGCGCCGGCGUGUCCCCUAUGCUAGUGAAAGACUUAGUUCAGCAGAUGAUCGAUGAGGACGGUUUGAUCUGCGUGGAAAAAUGUGGAAAUAUUAAUGUUUAUUGGUGUUUUAAGAACCAGAUUAUUCAGAAAGUUUAUGACAGCUGUGAGAGACUGAAGGGGCAGAUCGAGGCCAAGGAGAAAGAGACGGUGCAGCUCAAGGAAAAUUUAAGAUCGACAUGCAAUGGUGACAGAAAAGAGCUUUUCAAGUCCAAAGAUGGAAAGACCCAGCUGUCCAGGCAGGAACAGCUGAAGUUGAACCGGGAGAUUGAGGAAAGCAUCAAGAACCUGCAAUCGGAGUACAACCGGUUAUCGCAGACGCGAUGGGACAAGAAGAAAAUAGAUGAGAAGAAGAAGGCUCUGGACCAGAGUCUAAGGAAGCUGGAGGUUAUCACUGAUAACAUCGAUAUUAUUAUCGACUAUUUCCGCGCCAAAUAUGGCGUGGAGUCAAAAUCUAUCCGACAAGAGCUAGAGAUUCCAGAAGAUUUCCCACAGAUUGAAACCUGA